AUGUGCUACAGAUAUAGCCUCAGCUUCGCCCUGAUCGCGCUCCUGCUCUUGGCAGCUGGAGUGUUUGGGGCUCCCUCGGACGUCCUGGUGGACCCGGAGGUCUGCCACCAGCCCAUUCAAGCCGGUCGCUGCCUUGCCCUCUUCAUCCGAUUCGCCUAUAACGUGGACACCCAGUCCUGCGAGGAGUUCGUCUACGGGGGCUGUGGCGGCAACCAGAACAACUUCGAAACCAAGGACCUGUGCGAGCAGGCCUGCCUUUGAAAGUCCGGUGUCGCCACCUUAACGAGCAUGAGUGCCUAG